AUGACAACUAGUAAUAGUUCAUCUCACAACUCUGACACUGCGGUAUCGGGAAACAAAAACCAACAUAAUUUAAAAAGUCCUCCUCACCAAGGUGAUGUAGUUGAUUCAGGUGAUAUAGCAGUUGAUGAAGAUGCUGAUACAAGGCCUAUGAGUUCAUGGAGGCUUUGGUACGGUAAUCGACGUCCUUCUUUGACAACUGCAACUUUUAGAACUCAAAGCACAAAGCCAGAAAAGCCAGACCAGGAAACAUCAGACUAUAAUGGCAACGCUUGCGAUAGUCCAGUAAAGGGUGCUUCACCUUGGUGGAGGGUAGGUGGUUUUCCAUCAUUUAAGAGCCCGGGUAGGAAAUCUCCUGAAGGGAGUAAUCGGACUGCGGGGGAGUAUGUUGAUGAAGCUGGUUCUCAACUGCUGCGUACUGCAGGAUCAAUACCUGAAGAGCUUCAAAAUGGGACAAAUGAUGAAACUGCGAAAGAUCCGACCUGCGAGGUGUUGAAAGACGCUCCUAAGGAGGCAGUUGCUACCAAGUCCAAGAAGAAAACAUGGCCUCUUUGGAAUAAAGGCAGUGCUGCCACUGUAGAUGAGAAUAAUACUGAACUUAAUUCUGUUAAGCUAAAGAAACCUGUCACAAAUGAGGUGAUUGUAACCGCUAACGAUGCUAUUUUAUUCAAAACAGAUGAGCCUAAAGAAAGUCCUAGUGAAGGUAGUGCACAACUCCAGUCGGAGAAUUCAGACCACAACGGUCAUAUAUUGGUUCCUUCCUUUGAUAUUCUACCUAACUACACUGCUCUUUCUUACUUGUAUAUUUCAAUUGGUACUAUUGGUCAUAUGUUGCGGUUGAUUGGCGAGUCGCGCUUCAAACAUCAAUCGCUAUACAGGCGAAGUGCAGAGAAAGCAAUAAAUGUCUUAUCUGAUAACAAGACUAGGCCUGUGAAGGUAUUGCUCGUAGGAGUGCAUGGCUUUUUUCCAACUAAAAUGAUUCGCCCGAUAAUUGGGGAGCCAACAGGAACAUCAACGAAAUUUAUAACAGAGGCAGAGAAGACAGUAAUUCGUUGGUUUAAGAAUCAAGGCACACCAGUUGAGGUGAGCAAAAUUGCUCUUGAGAAAGAGGGUAAGAUAUUCGACAGAGUAGAUUUUUUUUUCGAAGUAAUGAAAAAGUGGUCUAAUGAACUUAAUGAGGCCGAUUUCGUCUAUUUUAUUGCCCACUCACAGGGCUGUCCAGUGACAAUAAUGUUAUUAGCGCGGUUAAUCGAUGCAGGGGUUAUCCAUUUAAAAACCCCAUAUACUAAUCCAGAUGCUCCUCUCGAUUUCGUUGAUGCUACAAAGGAUAAGGUUAUAAGUCUGCUUUGUAUGGCGGGUAUAAACAAUGGGCCUUUCCACGGUGUAGACCAAACAUUCCUCUUAAAGGCGUAUGCCACCAUAGAAAGUGAUUCCUUGCAGGAACUCUUUCAGUUCCAAGAUUUCAAUGCUUUGCAAUCGAAGAAGUAUAUCCAGGCAUUGCGUCUCAUUGUUGCGAAUAAUGUGAAAAUAACCUUUAUUGGCUCUAUAAAUGACCAGCUGGUUCCACUAUACUCCUCGACAUGCUUAUUUGCCCAUCACCCCAAUAUUUUCAAAGCCACAUUUAUCGAUAAGGAUUCGAAGACCCCUGCCUUCAUCACGAGGAUUGUGAAGAUCGCAUACCAUCUAAUAAAUCUAGGCUAUGAUGACCACAACAUCAUCAAGGAGAUCAGCGCCUCACUUGCAGGAUCAUUGACUUGCGGAGGCCACUCAAAAGUUUAUUAUGAAGACCAAGUAUAUGAGUUAGGGAUAAAGUUUGCAUUACAAACGACUAAUCUGCCGGCAGACGUCCCCUUAAUUUAUAAACCUUACCAAGUCAAUCAGCUAGGUUCCAAUCCCUACCAUCUUCCAUGGUGCAUGAGGGGCUUAUUGUAUGAAACCAGCGUGCAUUUGGACAAAGAAGAGACCAUUGAGUUAUUCCGUGAGUUUGAUGAAUGGGAGCCGGAAACAAAGCAACUAAAGGACGUAAAGUUCAGGCUAAAUGGCCUCAAAUCAAAGUUAUAA